AUGUUUCAACCGACUUCACCAGUAUUGCAGAACUCUUCGUUCUCCCAGUUGGACUAUUUCGCUACUGCUAGUCCAUCACACAGACAAGCUCAAACACCUAUUUUCACCUUGAGCUUGACCACCUCACCGACCGCUUCGCUGUCUACACCUAACUUGCUAUUAUCUACUCCUGAAAGAGGUAGAUCAAGAUCGCCUUCACCCUGUCCGACAGACCUCGAUUCAGCCUUGGGAUCACCUCAAGUGCUCUCUUCACCCAAGUUGGGACUAGGUGUGAAGAAAGAUAGUUCAGCAAGAAGAUCAGUACAGUAUCGCGAGAAAUCCGCUGUGAACUGGGCAAGACCAUUGAGGGUGGUUGAAGAGGAUCCAAUAGUCUCGAUGCGAAUAUUCGGUGCAUCCCUCCAACGAAGUCGACGACUCAACCGAUCAUCUGCUCCAUCUCCUUGUUCAUCGGACGACGAGCCCCUGACCCCUAGUCCAGUCACACCUUCUUCGACAGCAUCAGACGAUAAUGUCCAAGUAUCUCUAAGAGGAUGGAGCGUGUUCUCUUCAGCAAAGGGUCUGGGGGUCAGUGGAGUAGCAGAAUGGGAUACACCAGUAACUCCAUUAAGGGAAUUAUCAUUGGAACCUUUACCUGAUUUCGCCUUUGAACCUCUAAAUAUACCUUCUUCAAUCUCUUUAUCAUCCAUCACCACCAAGAAAUCCACUACCUCUACCACUUCAAAGCAGAAAAACAAUAACCUACCUCGAUCAAUCUCAAAACCAAUUUUGAUCCAAGCUCCUCCAAUCCUCGAUGCCACCGCUUCCACUCCGAUAUCAAACUCACGUAUCUUAGCUACUUCCCAAUCGUUAAAUUCAUUCUCUUCACCAUCGAACUUGGCGGAGCUUAGGAACUUGCGACAGGCAGCUGUAGUCUUGGAGAACGAGGCGAAGAGACCCAUCAGACCAUCUCCAUCUUGUCCUUCUGGACAGAUCAAAGAUGUCGUUGCGGGUCAGAGGGAACGCAAGAUCAAGAGGAAAGCUGUACCCAGUAUAGCCGAAUCGGACAUCGUCGAUUAUUAUUCUACAUCUUCUUGCUCUUCUUUAACCGCUUCUACCACCCCUUCUUCUUCCUCCUCUUCGGGCUCAUCAUCUCCCGAGUACCCCGAGGAUGAAGAUGGAAAGAUACGAAGAAGGAAUUCAUCAAUUGAUCAAAUUCUCGUUCCUAGACAAUUACCAGGAAUGGAUAUGGGCAAUUCGAUAUUCCAGAGGCACAGACAAUUAUAUCAGAAUCACCUAGCUACCAGCUCCCUCAUCGAAAUUUCACCCUCUUCUUUGUCGACUACUGUGAAUGGCGAGAGGAAAGAAGAAGGACCCACAUCUACAUCGAAGGUGAAGACGAAGAGGAAAAUGAAUAUUACUAUACCACCUCGAAUCACAUCUCUAUCGAAUUGUGAUGAUGGUAGUGGUGGUUUGGAAGAAAGUAGAAACUCGUCUAUAUCAUCGGCAUCAUCAUUGUUGUCUUCAUCAGAGGAACAACCCAUGACUCCCUCUUUGACUGCUAGUCAAACGGAAUAUUUCUUGAAGUCGGUAGAAAACGCUUUCAAGAAGUUGGAAUUUGAAAGAGCCGAAAUAAACCAAACGCAAACUCAAGAUCAACCCAAGAUAUCUAGUGAUAGUAGUAGUAGUGGUGGUAACACGACUGUAGGGAAGCAUAAGAGAGGAUUCUCUAGGUUUUUAGGCAAGAAGGGGCCUUCCAAUGCGAUUGUAAAAGAGGAGUAG